AUCUACAAAAACACAGACACGCCCCCUCAUGUUAUUGGCGCGUGUGGCGGACUGGAGCAGAAUGAUACAUGGUGAUAAGCAUAUUUAUUCAAAUCGUUAAAUAUUGAUUGCUGCAAUAGAUUGAGCUUUACGUACAUCUGCAUGCUCGAAUCAAUGAUUUAGUAUGAGAAAAAUCGCUGAAUAAUCAUUCACGAGACUGGAAUGUAAUUUCACAGCACGCGCACGGAAACAUCCUGUUGCUGAUCAUGUGUCUGUAGAUAUAACGUUAUAACAACUGGCUAUAAUAUAUUAAGUUUUAAAAAAUUACAUUUCUCGGUGUAGUUAAGUCAAGGGUCACUUUUUUUCUCCGCAAAGAUGAUGAAAAGCGUAGGAAAGCUUUUUGGGUUAAGGCGAAAAUGCCCGCCCCCCAAGUCGCGCAUUGACAAAAAAAAGACUCGCGUGAAUCCCAUCGAUCGUAUGCUGGAUGACAGCGACGAGGGCUCGUACAACAGCACCACGAGCAUCAGUUCAGAAAGUGAAUACCAGAACUCCGAGGAAGAGUCCGGUACCUCCGACAGCUCUUACCGAGCACGCGAGAGCGACGGGGAUGACAGCAGCGAGACGGACGAGAAAUGCGCCGUGCCCCGACGACAGAGGAAAAGAUCCGCCAGCGCGCCUCCGGUAGACGACAGCGAUUCCAGCGACUCUUCCAGCGACGUCGGCGGAGAGCCGCUCAGGAGAGUGUUGCAGAGAAAACGACUCAGGCUGCCGGAGGACUCCGAGGACGAGGCUCUGAGGGAGAAGAAGAGAGAGGCAGAACUGAAAGAAGCUGCUGCCAAGAGAAGAGAGAGAAAGAAUAAACUCAUGGAGCUGUCAAAGAGAAGAAAGUCAGGCACCCCGCGGCGUAGGCGCAGGACGUUGGGUUCAGAAGAAGAGGAAGAAGAGGAGAGAGAGGAGAUCAAGGAGGACAAAGUCGAAGAGCAAAGUAAAGCAGACGAUUCUGAUGAUGAAUCUAGUGUGGAAGAGAAGGGGAGUCCUCUGAACAGCAGCGAGGAGGAAAAACUUGCUGAUAGUAGUGACAGUCUGAAGGAUUUUAUUGUGGAGGAAGAGGGACAGAAAAAGGACGAAGAUCAGCAGGAAGAGGGGGAAGCCAAAGACAAGGCCUUUCUCUCUCAACUUCCACGCCAGUUUAUCACAGGAUCUCAGCUCACCCACUUUCAGGUGGUGGUCAAGGCCUUGCUGAUCAACGUACUGGACUCAAGCUUCCUCAAGUCACUUUACAACGGCGAACGAAAAAAAAGAUACGCCCAGGAGAUGAAAUCAUCAUUGCUUCAUUUUGACGAGCGACUGGUCCUUCCACGUCUGGAGAACCUGAAGCAGAGGAGCCGCUGGAAAGACCGUUACAAAGAAAGGGUAGAAUGUUAUCCCAAAUUGCGGGUUAUGAUGACAAGGGUCCAGACGAAGGGAUGUGAAGCCUGUGAGCUUCACAGAACGGGGCGCUUCACUGUGCGGCUCUCUGGCCAGUUGUACCACAACAACACCCUGCAGGAGGACCAGUUCAUGCCUGAUGAUUCCCAGAGUUUCUUUGUUGGCUCUGUCUGUGCCAGUCGUACCGAGGUCUACCAUGCCCUGAAGCACUUCAAAUACCAUCUGUUUGAGAGGUGUCGUACAGCUUUAGAAGCUCAGAAGGAAAUACAGGAAGAAGAUACAAUAGAGGAUGACGAACCAGUUAAGGACACAGUCAACAAAGUGUUUCUUAAACUCCAGGAUGGAGGAUGGAUCAGCGAGCAAUACGAGAAGUUUCAGGAACAUCUCAAUUCUGCUGAUUUCUUCCAAGAAGAAAAGCUGGACUGAAAGUGUUGAACUUUCCCCAAUGGCAUCCAAUCUGCAGUUUUAUUUCUGUAAAUAUUUUAGUUUUUAUGUCGUUAUGUAAAGCAUGGCUAACUUUUGAGUUGUUAAAAAGUGUGUGCCCUGAAGAUCUAGCAUUUUAAUUUUGCAAUUAUACUACUGUGUAAAUUGCUUCUGCAUGAUAGAUAUAAAUCCAGUACUGAGAAAAUAUACAAACAAUAAUACAACCCAAAAUGUAACAACUUUGUCCAAAUUGUGAGGUUUAAAAAAUGGCAGUGUAUUUUAUCCUGAACAUUGUGCUUUCAAAGAUCUGUAUGCUGAUUUUAUGCUUUCAUUUAUAAAUAAUCUCAUUCUAACGCUUCUGUGUAAAUGCACCCAAGUUAUUUUACAGUGUUUCGGUGUUCUUGUAAUAAACAAGAUUCAUAAACA